CUUCACACAACUAACCAUUGCUCGACGCAGGCAGCAGCCUUCGAGAUAGAGCAUCAUGGCUGAACCACCAGCAAAGCGUUUCCGCUAUGAGACGUAUACACAGAAGCUCGGCCACAUCUCCGUGGAUGUGGGGCGGCGCAAGGGACUCGACUGGGAGAAGGACCCCGAGGAACUUCCCCUCCUCGCUGAGAUGGCUCGCCUCGAGCUCCAGGACCUGACAACGGGAUACCAGGACCUGGCGCGCGCGCUGCACCCGCUUACGCGGACACUGCCACUCAUUCUCCUCAACCUGGAGCCCAUCACGGAGCAUUUCAGCGCUUUCUUCUCGAAGCUCAAGAACGGCGAGACUCACGAACACUCGGGCCUUGGCUCCGCGCUGCUCCUCGUGCAGGCGCUCUACGCUACGGUGCUCAGCGCCGGGGUGCCGCAUUUCGCGACGACAACGAAGGAUCUGGUGCGCGUCGGCGCACUACGGGCCCUCGAGCCGAAGCUGGUUGAGGCUACAUACUCAACUCUUUCGCGCUCAUUGAGCAGCGUCGCGCCGUCACUUACGCGCGCGGAGAACACGGCCCACUUGCGCGCCGCCUGGGCAGCCGUCCGGCCCUACCUCGGCCCCGCGAACAAGGGCUACGUCCGCAAGGCGCUGGCGGAGGCGUGGGCUGCUCUGCUCCGCAAGGCGCGCAAUGAAGCCCUUAACCAUCUCACUCGUGUGCUCCUUGAGGAGCCAACGCCGGGUAUUGAGGCCGUCUGGGCCAAUGCCAUGAAGGGCACCAAGACUCAUCUCCACUCUCCAUCUAUCACCAUUUAUACGAUCCUUCUUGAUGACCUCGCCACCAACACUACCGAGGAGCAGAUUGCGACAAUGCGGCAUGUCACGAUCGCCCUCGUGCACCACUGCUCGUCUUCCGAGACGGCACCUCUGAUUCAGGCUGUAGUUUCGCGCCUUGACCUGGUCGACCACAAUGCUGCAACUAGCUCCAAGGCCAAGUCGACCGCGAACUUCACCACCUCUACUGCUUUCCUCGAUGUUCUUGCCACUUUCCUUUUCACUCGCAAGGGCAAGCGCUUCCCUUCGGCCGAGCUCAAGCCCACCAUGCUCAAGCUCCAGUCUCUGGUCGCGCACAUUAAGGACGUCGCGGCGGACUCUGAGGGUCUCGCGGACGAGGCGCGCGCCGAGCGUAACCGCUGGCGCAAAGCUUUGGUAGCGUGUAUCGUCGGGACGCUGAACUCGGGCAAGCUGGCACAGUGGCUUAACCCCGGCGUCGGGCUCAUCGACGCUCUGUGGCAGGCGCUGCCGACCGCCGAGUUGUCCGCCUUCGUUAACAUGUGCGUUGCCUUCAAGUGGGCUGGUAUCGAGCAGUUCCUGCUCGCACACAUCGCGCGGACUGCACUCAGCGGGUUGGAGAAGGACCCGCUGUCCACCCUCGUGCUGCUGAACAACAUUGCUGGCGCAGGCUUCCUCGCAGGCGGACUCUCCAACGUUCAGGGCGGCAAGUGGCGGCAGGCCCUCGUCAAGGCGCUGGCGAAGACACUCGCGUCGCUUGGCGAGUUCGACACCCAGGAGCGCCGCAUCCUCGGUCAGGUCCUCGAGCUUAUCCCAUACCUCGCCGGCGAGAGCAAGCAUUUCUCUGAGCACCUUGUAUCAAUUCUGGCCGGAUUCUUAGAGAAUCCCGAGUCGGCGGCGAAGAACUGGCAAGAGGGAGGUGCGUGGAACGACACCCACGUUAUCGGACGCCUCCUGUCCUCCAUGUUCCAACUUGCGCUCCGCGGCCCUGCCGCCGUACAGGAGCAGUUCAAGGCGUACAUCAUCGACAACGACAUCUUGAACGUACUUGUCCGGCACUGGCACUGGAGCCGCGAGGUGCUGGUUCAGGUCGCAGACUUUGCAGAGCACUGGCCUGAGGCGCCUAAACAGGACGGCAUUCACGUUCUUCUCCCCAAUCUUAUGUCCGCUGACUCUGCCCUCCGUCUCUCUUCUCUGCGUAUUCUCGCUGUGGCCAGCGAGGACCCGGCCAUCUGGAAUCAGUGCAAGGCGAUUGAGCAGGCGGAGAUAUCGCUGAAGAACACACGCGACCGCACAACACAGAUCGCGCGUCUUAGCCGCCAGCUCGCCGCGCUUUCUGACUCCGACAAGGCCGCCGCGCCGACUAAGUGGGCGAUCAACUACCUUAUCGUGCAGCUCAAGGUCAACUUCCGCCCCGUGUGGGCUGAAACUGUGACCGCUCUCACUUCACUGGUCGGCUCUCACGCCGAGUCAAUCUGGACGACGGUUUGGGGCGAGCUGCAGAAGACGAUCGUCGCCGGGGAGGCCGUUAUGCCUGAUCUUGAGGUUCUUUACCCCGACUGGACGAGGCAGAAGGCCAUCCAGGAGGAGGUUGAGGAUGACUCGGAAGAGAGCGCCGAGUUCCGUUGCCACGGUCUGUUGCGUGCGCGCAAUAAUGUCCUUCGCGCAUGGCAGGAGACGAACGAUACAGCAAACCUCGACGUGGUGGAAGUUACCUAUCAAAUCUCCAAGGAUCGCCUGGAUGUGCUCAACUACGAGGCGCAGCUGCUUGCCGUGCUUAUUGCCAACCCUGGUCUCGCUGAAAAACACACUCGAGUGGUCGUCCCCGUCGUGCUUGCCGUCACAGGGGCGUCCGAGGACGAAGUGACCGUUGCCUCCGGGCAUCUCUCAACGCGCAAGCGGCAGGAGCGCACCAUCAACUUCCUCGAGCUCUGUGCCAAAUUCGUCAACCCGAAGGCGGCGUAUCGCUCUAUUGAGCUGCACACGCUUUACCUUACUCUCCUGUCCAAGGGCGAGUCCAAGGUGCAGAGCGUGGCGCUCAAGUGCCUCAUGACAUACAAGUCGCCCAACCUUGUGCCAUAUCGUGAACGCAUGUUCAAUCUCCUCGAGGACGCCAAGUUCCGCGACGAGCUUGUCCACCUCGACCUCAGCGUUGACUCGGAGGUCAUCGAGCCCUCGCACCGUCCCGAGUUCAUUGACGCCGCCAUCCGCCUGUUGUACGGCAUCAUGAUGUCGCGCAAGGCACGUAGCAGCACUGCGCAAGGCCAGGGCGCGCGCAAGCAGGCUGUUCUCACCGCGCUGAGUGGAUGCAGCUCCGACGAGCUGAAGACUCUUGUCGACCUCAUGCUCGAGCCGUUCGGCCAGGUCGAAGAAAUCUCGCCGAUGGCCCUGGAGACCACAACACUUAUCGCCCCCGGCCGCCAGCAACUUGGUUACCUCACCUUCCUGUACGACGUCUUGCGGUACCUCGCCCCGCAGACGGCGCCGCAUUGGCCGCGCCUCAUUAGCACAACGAUUGUGCUCGUGCGUCAGGCGCAGGCCGGCAUUGAUGCCGAGAAGGUUGGAGAAGCGGAGGAAGAGGUCGACGAGGACGAGGAGGAGGUUGAGGCCGAGGACAAGGGUGCCGUGCCCCUCCGCACCGUCCGGUCGACGGGUCUCAAGCGCCUCGUUCAGUUCCUCCGCUCCACCGUGUUGGACUUCGACUUCUCUCCCUACCUCCCCGUGCUGUUCUCAGCUGUCAUUUCGCCUCGUCUUGCUCUCCUCGAGGUCGAGAACACUCAGGCGCCCUCUGGCACCCUUGACCUCAUCGCGGCGCUGGCGAGCUCACCCGAAACGGCCAAGAGCCUCGUGCAGUACGACGACCGUACGCUGCCCAAGACGUUUGCAUGCAUGACCGCCGUCAAGGUCAAGCCUGCUGUUGUGGGACGCGUGUUCGACGUUAUCGACUCGCUGCUCAUCGACGACGAGCCCGAGAUCAUCACAGACGUGCUUAUGCCCCACAUCCGCCCGCUUCUCGAUAACAUCAUCGGCCUUGUCGAGACCCUCCGCUCCUCCGCCAACGAGGAUAUCAUGCGCCGCCUGCUGGCCAUUCUGACGCGCCUUUCGUCUAUCGUGUCCGAUGGCAAGCAGGCGCAGCAGCUCGCGGCCCUUCUGGCUCCAAUGCUCCGCCAGCCUGGUCGCCAGGUGCCCGAGAAGGCCAAGGUCAACAUCCUACUCACAUUGCAGAAGCUGUACGCCAUAUCGCCUGACUUCGCCGACCCGUCGUCGGCCUUCUUCCACCAGAGCUACAACAUGAUCUCGAACUUGUUCCAGACGCUGCACUUCCCAGCGUCGCGUCGCGCCCUCGUUUCUGCCUUCAAUACGUUCGGCGAGGCAGACGCUUCGCUCGCCCGUUCUGUCGCUCUCGUUGCGGACCUGAACGCGUACCGCGCAAAGCGGAUGGACGAGCCCGACUUCGACAAGCGCCUCGAGGCGUUUGCGCAGCUCAACGACGCUCCGACAAGCGAGCUGCCUCAGAACGCACGCGAGUGGCUUCCAAUCCUCCGCAGCUCGCUCAGCUUCAUCCAGGACCCAGAGGAGUUGUCGAUUCGCACGAAUGCCUCUGGCGUGUUGCAGCGCUUCGCCAAGAUCAUCGGCGAGGCCAGCGAGGGCCCACUCGUCGACCAGCUCAAGACGGUCGUACUCCCCUCCCUCCGCCGCAUCCUGCUUUCCAAGGUGGAGCUUGUGCGCAACGAGGCGCUCCUUGUUUUCGCGGCUGCUGUGAGGGAGUGUCCCGGCGUGCCAGCGCUCGCUGAGAUGCGCCCUCUCCUCGGCGACGACGAUGAGACCAACAUUUUCGUCAACUUGGGUCACAUCCAGGUGCAUCGUCGCGCGCGUGCGAUCCGUCGUCUGCGUGACAUCGUGUCGGAGGGUGGCAUUCGCGAGGCGUCCAUCUCGAGCAUUUUCCUUGUCGUGCUGGAGCACAUCCUGACCGGCUCAACGGAUGUCACCGACCACCACCUCGUCAAUGAGGCCAUCACCGCCGUCGGCGGUCUUGCCGGACAACUCCGUUGGUCGCGCUACAACGCGCUGAUCAACCGCUUCCUCAAGUUGGGCACGCCGCAGACCAACCAGCAGAAGUUCUACAUCCGUGCGGUCACCGCGUGCCUGGAUAACUUCCACUUUGACCUGAAGGGCGGCGCCAAGGUUGGCGAGACCGAGAAGGAAGAGGAGGACACUGCGGUCGAGGCUAUCGAGGUCGAGACCGAGGUUGACGCCAACGGCCAAGCCGGUGAGGCUGAGCUGUCGGAGGAGGCCCAGGCUCAGGCCACGGAGAAGAUCACAAACGUCGUCCUCACACGUUUGCUUCCAAACCUGUCCAAGUUUGUCGCGCAGAAGGGCGAGACGGAGGAUACCGUGCGCAUUCCCGUCGCCCUCGGAAUCGUCAAGCUUGCGGCUGCGCUUCCGGACGAGACGUCGUCAAACGAAAUCCUGCGCACUGUCACGACGGUCGCCCAAAUUCUACGCAGCAAGGACCAGGACACCCGCGACAUUGCACGCGACACCGUUGGCAAGAUCGCCGUUUUCCUUGGCCCGACGUGGCUGGUCCGUGUCAUCAAGGAGCUGCGUACCGCGCUGCAGCGCGGCCCGCAGAAGCACACGCUGGCCAUUACAGUGCACUCGAUUCUCGUACACGCCACGACUGAGGCGGGCGACCGGUUCGCUAACCUCGAUGAGGCGGUCUCGGACGCGGUUGAGGUCGCCGCCGAGGUCAUCUGGGGUGAGAGCGGCAAAGAUGUUGCCACCGAGGGCUUCAAGACGAAGAUGCGUGAAGUGCGCGGCGCGCUGUCUCGUGGUAACGACACAUUCCAACUUGUCUCGCGUCUGGUGUCGCCUUCCAAAAUUGCGGCUGUGCUCGCGCCCGUGCGUGAGAUCAUGCACGUCUCUCAGGCGGUCAAGACGAUGGCCCAGGUCGACGAGGUGUUGCGCCGUAUCGCGCUUGGUCUCAACUCGAACACAUUCGUCGGGCCUCAGGACAUCCUCAGCUUGUGCUAUUCGCUUAUCAAUGGCAAUUCGGCGUACCUUCGCCCGAAGCGUAAGGCGCCCAAGUCUGCCGUCAACGACCGUUUCACAGUGCAGAUGAAGCGGGACAUGAAGGAGGACGAGGACGUGUACCCACAGAAUGCGCACAAAUUCGUCACCUUCGGUCUUGACCUGUUUGUCACGGCCUUCCGCCGUGGCAAGUUUGACUUUGACGACAUCAAUAUUCUUUCGCGCCUCGGGCCGCUCGUCAACGCCAUUGGAAACACCCUGUACUCGCCGGAGGCGGGUAUCCUCACACUGGGCCUGAAGGCCACAGCAGCGGUGGCUAAGUGCCCGGUCCCGCAGGUGGACGAGGCCCUUCCCGCAUUUGUGAACAAUAUCUUCAAGAUCAUCAAGAACGCUGGCGGCACCGCUGAAAGCGAGGUUGCUCAGACCGCACUCAAGACGCUCGCCGUCCUCAUCCGCGACUGCAAGGCGACCAGCAUUUCGGAUGCUCAGCUCCGCUACCUUAUCGAGGUGGCCUCGCCGGAUCUGGAGGACCACGAGCGCCAGUCAUGCCUAUUCACGGUCCUUCGCGCCGUGGUCGCGCGCCGCUUCGUUGUUCCAGAGAUCUACGACCUCAUGGAGCGCGUCAGCAGCAUCAUGGUCACGAGCCAGAGCACGCACGUGCAGGAGAUGUGCCGCGGCGUGCUCAUGCAGUUCCUCCUCGACUACCCGCAGGGCAAGGGCCGUCUCAAGCAGCAGAUGACCUUCCUCGCGCGCAACCUGGACUAUGUUUUCGAGAGCGGUCGCAUCUCCGUCAUGGAGGUUCUUUCCGCCAUCUUCACCAAGUUCUCGCCCGAGCUGAUCGAGGCAUACGCAGAUAUGUUCUUCGUCGCUCUCGUCGGCGUGCUCGCCAACGAUGACGCGGAGAAGUGUCGUAACAUGGCUGGCGCGCUGCUCCAGCAGCUGUAUCGCGCUCUUCACGAGGACAAGCAAGCGCAUAUGCUGGGCGUGCUCCAGGGUUGGAUCGCGGUUAAGGAGGAACAGCCUGCCCUGGCCGCCUCUUCGCUGGCAGUAUACGGUCUCCUCUGCGAAGCGGAAGACAGCGAGGGCGAGCUCACACGUGGCCUCCCUGCUCUAAUCACGCCCGUCCUCGAGGACGGCGCGGCCAACCUCGCCCGCGCUGAGGCGAGUGACAUUGAGCUCGAGCUCGACCACGCCGUCCCGCACCAGGCCCUCGCGCUCGUCGCCAAGGCACUCAAGGCGCGCCCUGCGUCUGCUCGCGAGAUGCCGUGGGAUGCGAUUACCGCCCACCUCCUCUUCCCACACGAAUGGGUGCGCUUCGGCUCCGCACGUGCUCUUGCCGUUUUGCUCGCGGCCGACGCGGACGCACUGGACGCCGAUGCCGCGCUCGACGUCGCACGCAAGUCCUGCAUUCUCCUGGGCGGGAGCAAGAGCGAGACUGGUGCUGAUGUCGUCGUGGACGCCAAGCUCGCCGACCAGCUCGUCAAGCUCCUGUGGAACAUCAGCAAGCACUGGGCCAAGACGGACAAGGCGAACAAGGGCGAAGCCAACGGCGCGGAUGCCGAGAUGGACGAGGACGAGGACGACGAAGGCGAGGGAGAGGAGGGCCCGAGCGAUGGCGAGCGCCCGCUGCACUGGCUCAUGUCGCGCAUGUCCUUCCUUGCGCGCCGUCUGAUCAUCCACCGCCCCGCGACGAACAGCGCGCUCCCCGGCCAGCCCCUCCCGUGGGUCGGGCCGGUGCAGUGCAUCCUCCGGUUCUUCGCAGGCACACUCGACGCGCUGAACCGCGCGCAGGCGCGUCAGUUCCUCCCGCACGUCCUGGGUCCCGUGUACCGCAUCACAGACGAAGGCGGCGACCUCGUGGGUCUCGUGGGGCCCGAAGGGCCCGGCGGCAACGGCGUGGCCGAGCUGCGCACGCUCGCGACCGAGGUGCGCGACUUCGUCUCGGCCAAGGUCGGGACAACGGCAUUCUCCAAGGCGUGGGAGGCGAUCCGGCGGCGGACGACCGCCAAACGUGGCGAGCGGCGGGAGAAGCGGCAGCGCAUGGCUGUCGCGGACCCGCGCGCGUGGGCGGCCCGGCAGGAGAAGCGUGGCGUCAACAAGAAGGCGAGCAAGAAGCGGAGGGCGGACGCAUUUAUGGACGUCAAGCGUGCGCGGCGCCGUCAGGAUUAG